AUGACUACGCAGGAUGCCACCUCCAGCAUUCCGAGCAAACGCGGCUCGUCAGCCCUCUCAAUGGGGCCUCGCAAAAAGGUCUCAUCAUCCGAUCCGCUUGUCUCCCACGGACGCCACUUCGGUCGAACGGUAUUCGCGCUAUGCAAUUACCCUUCCCUUCUCACCAACGGUAUUUUGAGACUGGAACAAAUGGAAGAUGUCCCGUUGGAAGACUUCCCUGCCGAAGAGCGGCGAGAACACCGCGUCUUUGAACAACUCUUAGAAUCCUACCCCGGCCUUCUGGAUCGGUUGAAAGAUGGAUCCGAGGAGGAAAUCCUGCAUGUCGGAGAGCUGAUUGGAAAGGGGGCCACAGGCGCCAGAGGCGACGACACAAAGACGUUGAAAUCUGCGAUACUUGACUGGAUUUCCCCGAAAGGAGAGGCGAUACAGCCCCAUUUACAUCGAAACUCCAAGCUCGACCGCGGCUUUAACCACGAACUUACAGGAUCUCUUCUUUGUCCCGCUGGGUUGGACUGGCACGACCCUCGGACAAAAGAAGACCUCCGAAGUGGCGAGAUGCUGGUCUGUGGGGAUCAGUGGCCCAUCUUUUUGUACGCUCACUAUGUCUAUGACUCUGAAGACCCGUGGUCCGGCCUGCUUAGGAGCCGUUUAUUAACAUGUGCCUACAAACAUGUCUUCACGUCUCCAAGUUCGGUUGACAAGGAACCGAAGGCCACGCGAUCCGGAAACGCUCGCCUUCAUGGCAUGAAUUCUGUUACCAUAGCCUCUAUAGCCUAUAUCGCAACUCAGGUGCGAUUCGCUCUCAGUUCCUCUUCAGUGUUCUCGCGGACCGACACAGUUACAGCCUCUGAGACAUUCUACCACAGCCUCCUUGACCUCUUAGAAGACCCCGAGGAAUGUAAAGAAGUUGAUGAGCUGCUGACCUGGUGGAAUCGCCAAGUAUUUCCUACUUCAUCUGCUGCCAAGAGACCUAUCAGCGCCAACAGCGCGUUAUCCAGGAUCCGACAAAAACGCAUUGCGCUCAAACGAGCGCUGAAUCAGGAUGUCGUCUCUUCGUAG